CACUACCGUUUAUUCAUCCCUCAGAAAACUACCAAGAGAGCCUCUCUCUCCAUCUCUCUCUCUCUCCGGAGUUGGGAUAAGCAGCCGAGCCUCUGAUCGCCUUUCUUUUUUUGGAAAGCCUUCUCGUUGUGAUUUAAGUCAGAACAGAUCUGGAGAGGAGAGGAGAAGAAGAAGGGAUUCUGGAAGAAAAGACAAGAGGAGAGAAGGUGGAGAUCGAUGAAGGUAUCAGGAAGGAUUGAGCUGGCAACCAGAUGACAUAAAGGAGGGUGCCCUUGUUAGCUUGUCAUCCUGUUGUAACCCCGAGGCCAGUGAUGUGACUGGAAUGUGAAAUCACCAUAAAAAGGACUGACUCUACCUGAGGACUUCCUGCUUUCCCCGAGAAACUCAGGGAAUCUUGGCAAACUUUGACGGACAGCUGGCCGAGCCAAUGACAAACUUCGAGGACUUUUAACGCACGUCUGCAGGGUCCUCGGGGUCAAACCCUCGUGGGCGUGGGCACCACGAGUUCGUCCACGUGAACCCGGAUGAGCGCCAGCACUGUUUCGUGCCCCGUGAGAAGAGGACGGCCCCCCUCUCUGCUAGAGAGGCUGUUGCAGAUCAGAUCCAGUCAUCACUUCACAGCUGGACUCGGUCCUGAUCGGCUUCGCUUCAUACAGAAAUACUGAAUCCCUCCGAAUCAGCGGGAGCGUAGCCAUGGAUGUCGUCUCCUCGCCGGUCUGCCCUCUCCUCCUCCUUCUCCUCCUCUUCGUCCUCCUGUCCUCCCUCCCCUCCUGCUCCUCCACCACCUCCAUGCUGUGUCCGAAGCGGUGCACCUGCCAGAACUUGCUGCCGUCCUACACCGUGCUGUGCGCCAAGACGGGCCUCCUCUUCGUCCCGCCCAACAUCGACCGGCAGACGGCCGAGCUCCGGCUGAUGGACAACUUCAUCACGACGCUGAGGCACCGCGACUUCGCCAACAUGUCCAGCCUGAUCCACCUGACCCUGAGCAGAAACACCAUCAGUCAGAUCCGGCCGUACGCCUUCGCUGACCUCCAGGACCUCCACGCUCUCCACCUGGACGCCAACCGCCUCACCUCCCUGGACGACUCCCACUUCCAGGGCCUGGUGAACCUGCGGCACCUCAUCCUGGCCAACAACCAGCUGCACAGCAUAUCGGAGGGAUCCUUUCAGGACUUCCUGGAGACUCUGGAGGACCUGGAUCUGAGCUACAACAACCUGGUGGACAUCCCCUGGGACACCAUCGCCCUGCUGGUCAGCGUCAACACCCUCAGCCUCGACCACAACCUCAUAGAGAACGUCCCCGAGGGAAUCUUCUCCAACCUGCACAAACUGGCCAGACUGGACAUGACGUCCAACAAGCUGAAGAAGAUUCCUCCAGACCCGUUGUUCCUGCGGAUCCCGGUGUACGCUAAGAUGAAGGGUUCUCCUCUCACGGCGCUGGUGUUGAGUUUCGGUGGGAACCCUCUGCACUGUAACUGUGAGCUGGUCUGGCUCCGCCGACUGACCCGAGAGGACGACCUGGAGACCUGCGCUUCACCUAAAGACCUGGCCGGCAAAUACUUCUGGACCAUCAGAGAGGAGGAGUUUGUUUGCGAGCCGCCGAUGAUAACUCGCCACACCUCCAAGAUGUUUGUGAUGGAGGGUCAGGAGGUCAGCCUGCGCUGCAAGUCCAUCGGAGACCCCGAGCCGUCCACACAUUGGGUCAGUCCGGACGGGAAGCUGAUCGGCAACACGUCCAGAACCGUCUGCUACGAGAACGGCUCGCUGGACAUCCUCAAGGCCUCGGUCAAGGAUUCUGGAAAGUUCACGUGCAUAGCAUCUAACGCAGCCGGGGAGGCCACGGCUCCCGUCGAGUUAGUCGUCAACCCCUCGCCACACUUCGACCCUAAACUGGACCCCGACCCGGGGCCUUCGGACAUCCCCACAUCCAUCAAGUCCAACGUCAGCGGAGGUCAGGCCCGGUCCGACCAGCAGAGGGUCAGCGUGUCGGAUCUGUCGUCCGGUUCCGCUACCAUCAGAUGGCCCCCGCAGAACCACAUACCGGGGGUCCGCAUGUACCAGAUCCAGUACAACAGCUCCACAGACGACAUCCUCAUAUACAGGAUGAUCCCAGCCAACCACAAGUACUUCCUGCUGAGUGACCUGGCGUCAUCGCGGGACUACGAGCUGUGUGUUUUGGCCGUCUACGACGACGGCAUCACCGCCCUGACGGGCACCAAGCUGGUGGGCUGCGUGUCCUUCACCACGGAGACGGAGUACGGACGCUGUCACUCGAUACGGGACCAGUUCCUGGGAGGUACCAUGAUCAUCAUCAUCGGGGGGAUCAUCGUGGCCUCUGUCCUCGUCUUCAUCUUCAUCCUCCUGAUGAAGUACAAGCUGCACAGUAACCACUACAAGCAGAAAGCCGCCGCCCGCCACGCCAACGUCUGCUCCCAGACCAACGGAGGAGGAGGAGGAGGAGGAGGAGCCAAUAUCCUGCCUCCAUGCUCCUCCUCUGCAGGGCAGGGUGGAGGUGGUAAUAAAAACUCCCAGCCGUCGUCGUCAGCGGAGGGGAUGGGAGCGGCUUCUCUUCGAGGGACGACUGUAGUGGACUUAAAUCCCGCCCGCGACGAUGACGCCAUCUCUCAAUAACACACAAGAAACUGUCAUUCAAACCCACAACUCACCAAUCUCUAAGACCCAAACCAAUACUCCACCUCCCUCCCCCUGUUUUUGAUUUGUUUUGUUGCUGGUACCUGGAGCAAAACUCCACUUUACGCCGAGGAGCGGCUCCUGUCAUUGAUUUACUUACAUCCAGCUCCACAGCGCUGGAGGGAGAGGAGGCGGGAGAGGUGCCCCUGUGGGUUGCAUGAGCCCCGAUGAUCAGGUAUUUGACCCAGAGACACACGCCCACCCUCAGACGUCACCUCAUACCAGAACCAGAUGGGAAGGGAUGUUAUGUGAACAUCUGGUGGGCGGCCAGAGGAGGAUAUAUACACAGCCUUCCUGUCGACAUGCAGAAGUCUCCGCACCGCUGGAUACAGGUCAGGCUCUGGGCUUUGAACCCUGCUCAUGUGAUGUCGGUGCUUAACUGGGGCUUGAAACCGCGGAUCAGAAGAAUCGAGAGUGAACACGGUCUGGUAUCUCUUCUUCUUUUCUGAAGGAAUUAUCCGGUGAUCUGACAGGGCUCUAAAGGGUGUCGCGUGGAUUUAGCGUCUGCAUUUGACAGUUAGGAUCCAUGCGGACACUAAAUGCUGCUCUGGGAAUACACUGAAUGGAUUACUGGAAAACCCUUUUAUGACAUUUUUUUCUGGGAUCUUCUCGAUUGUGGUUUAUCGACGGUUCGGUGGCACCGCUCCUCUCUUUCCCCAGCAUACAGUCAUAUGCCAAAGGAUUACUACAGUAUUAUGACAGCAUUAUUACAAUAUCGGGAGAAUAUGCAGACUUCCAAAAGCACAUCGCUCUAUUAUCUCUUAGCAGUCAAAGAGAAAAUUCAUGUUGGGCCUUGGAUUGAAAAUACGAGCACAUUGUCAACGUCUUGUCUCAAAGCAUCAAUAAUAACAAACUGUCAAACUAAACGGUGAACUUCUCUGGCACUUUAAUCGUAUGUCUUCACCUUCCCCCCUCUCUCUCUUUCUCUCUCUCUCUUUCUCUCUCUCUCUCUUUCUCUCUCUCUCAUUUUCACGAACAACUGAAUAGUAUACUCUCCAGUAUUACCAAUCUAACUCUUCUGGCUGCGAAUGACUUAGAUAAUGUUGAAAUAAUCAGUGUGUUUGCAUCGAUGGUGGAUUGGUUCUCUCUAUGUCGGAGUAUUUAAAAAAAAAAAAAAAAAAAAAAAAAAAACUUGGUGUCCCGAGGACGGAGCCUUGAGGAACUCCUUCGAGGAUUAUUCAAAGCACAGACAUCCGGCUCUACGUUUGAUGGUGAAUCCUGGUGUUCAGUUUGACCCUGGAAGGCAACUGUACCUCUACGAAACACUGGGGAACUCGACCGUAAGUGUUCCUAUUACUAAAAGCUGGCACUCGAGAUAGUUAAAUGUAUUAAGCGGUUUUAAAAGAUGGCCAGCCGAACUUGCGCUGUCCCGUCCCUUCCCCUCCCUCCCCACCUUUUCUCCUCCUUUGCCGUUUGACAGUGUCUGUGUUUGUAUGUGACAUACACCUUACAGUCUUCGAUGGUUUGAUACCCAUGAUUUACUUUGAAUAUAACGAAACAAAUGACCACAACAAGGAGAAAAAACACAACAACAUGCGAAAUGGGGAUUUUAUGCUUUCAUAGAUACAAUUAUGUGGAUUUAUAAUGAAAUAAAAAGGUAUUUUUCUUGGAAAAAAAAAA